CAGCCCAUGCCGGAGUGAGUCCGCGGGAGCCGCUGCCGCUUGUCCCGUUCGCUCCGUGUCAUCGUCUCCGCCGCCGUCGCCGCCCCGCGCGGCCUCGCCGCCCGCCAGGAUGCUGGAGGAAGCGGGCGAGGUGCUGGAGAACAUGCUGAAGGCGUCGUGCCUGCCGCUCGGCUUCAUCGUCUUCCUGCCCGCCGUGCUGCUGCUCGUGGCGCCGCCGCUGCCCGCCGCCGACGCGGCGCACGAGUUCACCGUGUACCGCAUGCAGCAGUACGACCUGCAGGGGCAGCCGUACGGCACUAGGAACGCGGUGCUGAACACGGAGGCGCGCACGGUGGACGCGGAUGUGCUGAGCCGACGCUGUGUACUCAUGCGCCUGCUGGAUUUCUCCUACGAGCGCUACCAGCGGGCGCUACGCCAGUCGGCGGGGGCUGUGGUCGUCAUCCUGCCGCGCACCAUGGCCGCAGUUCCGCAGGACGUGAUCCGGCAAUUCAUGGAGAUUGAGCCUGAGAUGCUGGCCAUGGAGACGCCGGUGCCCGUAUACUUCGCUGUGGAAGAUGACGCGCUUCUGUCCAUAUACGAGCAAACGCAGGCCGCCUCUGCCUCACAGGGUGCUGCCUCAGCUGCUGAAGUGCUAUUUCACACUGCCACUGCCAAUGGCUUCCAGAUGGUCACCAGUGGGGCACAGAGCAAGGCUGUGAGUGACUGGCUCAUCACCAGUGUGGAGGGCCGGCUGACGGGGCUGGGCGGAGAGGAUCUCCCCACCAUAGUCAUCGUGGCCCAUUACGAUGCUUUCGGAGUGGCUCCUUGGCUGUCACUGGGCGCCGAUUCCAAUGGCAGUGGCGUAUCGGUACUGUUGGAGCUGGCCCGGCUCUUCUCCCGCCUCUAUACCUACAAGCGCACCCACGCACCAUACAACCUUUUAUUCUUCGCAUCUGGAGGGGGCAAGUUCAACUACCAGGGCACCAAGCGCUGGCUGGAGGACAACCUGGACCACACAGACUCCAGCCUACUGCAGGACAAUGUGGCCUUUGUGCUGUGCCUGGACACGUUGGGUCGUGGGGACCGGCUGCACCUACAUGUCUCCAGGCCACCCCGGGAGGGGACGCUGCAGCACGCCUUCCUGCGAGAGCUGGAGAUGGUGGCCGCCCACCAGUUCCCUGAGGUGCACUUCUCCAUGGUGCACAAGAAGAUCAACCUGGCAGAGGAUAUGCUGGCCUGGGAGCAUGAGCGCUUCGCCAUCCGCCGAUUGCCGGCCUUCACACUGUCCCACCUGGAGAGUCACCGUGACGGCCAGCGGAGCAGCAUCAUGGAUGUGCGGUCCCGGGUGGACUCCAAGACCCUGACCCGCAACACACGGCUCAUUGCCGAGGCCCUCACCCGGGUCAUCUAUAACCUCACGGAGAAGGGGACGCCCCCAGACAUGCCGGUUUUUACGGAGCAAAUGGUGCAGCAGGAGCAGCUGCACUCGGUGAUGGACUGGCUGACGCAGCAGCCGCGGGCGGCACAGCUAGUGGACAAGGACAGCACCUUCCUCAGCACCCUCGGCCACCACCUGGGCCGCUACCUCAAGGAGGUGCGGCAGCACCAUAUCAAAGCUGACAAGCGGGACCCCGAGUUUGUCUUCUACGAUCAGCUGAAGCAGGUGAUGAAUGCCUACAGGGUCAAGCCGGCCAUCUUUGACCUGCUACUAGCUGUGUGCAUCGGAGCCUACCUGGGCAUGACCUACACGGCUGUGCAACACUUCCACCUCCUGUAUAGAACUGUGCAGCGGCUGCUCCUGAAGGCCAAGACUCAGUGACCUGCUGUCAGCUCGUUCUGGAGCAUCUGUGGCCUCUCCCCACCUGGAACCAGGACAGGAACAUUAGCGGCCAGGCCUGGCUGGGACUUGGGAGUGAGCCCAGAGUGGCCUCAUAGCCAGGCCCAGAUCCCUGUCCCCAUCCAGCUCCUGGAACUCAGGGGCCCACCCUUCCCCAAGCCCCUUGGAGGUUCUCCUGAGCCCCUGGACACUGGUACCCUAAACCCAGCCCCUGCCCUGCACCCUCCUUACUACUGCCCCCCAGGGCACUAUGCACCCCAGAGCCCCUCACCCUCAUCCAGGAUUUGGGCGGCUCCUCUGCCUACUUCUCGCACAAGUGUUCCCAGUCCCAGUGUAUGUAUGUCUUGUAUGUCUGGGGUACAAGUGGAGUCAGGGGGGCGGUCCUCAGGGAGACGCAUGUGUCAUUGAUGAGCAAUAGAACCAAGUGCUGAGGGGGCCACAGUGGGGGUCCUAUCAUGACCUCCCAAUCCCCCACCACUGAGCCACAAGCCAGUGGAGUCUGGGUCCCACUGCCUUUGCUGAGCCAUCCCACCCCCUGAGCUCCAGGUGGGGGCCCUAGCUCUCUGCCCGUUCCCUUCAGAGACUGUUUACUGCGUGUCAGCCACUCGAGAUCCGGACUUGGGGGUCCUCAAUGUCCCCCCUGGAGCUUCUGGGCAAAUCUAUCUCCGGUCAUGAGGGCCACGGAUGAGGAGAAAAUAAAGCCAUAUGCAGUGA